AUGUCUACCGAAAUUCGCCCUUUCAAAGUCGACGUCCCAGUGGAAGAAGUUGAACGACUCCAGCGCAAACUUAAAGGCACUCGUCUCCCUGGCCGCGAGAUCGUCCCCAAUGCAGGCGAUAAAUAUGGACCUCCAUAUGAAUGGGCUCAAACCCUCUACGACGCCUGGACUAACGACUUCGACUGGUUCUCCGUCCAGGCCGAAAUGAAUGAAUAUCCUCACUACAUCACCACCAUCGAAGACCUCAACAUCCACUUCCUACACGCUCGCGCGGACAAUCCCCGCGCUAUCCCUCUGCUCAUGAUCCACGGCUGGCCUGGCUCUUUCUGGGAAUUCAGCCAGGUAUGGGGUCCCCUCUCCCAUCCUGCCAACCCGGAUGACCCGCCAUUCCACGUCGUCGUCCCAAGUAUGCCGGGGUUCUGCUGGUCGGACUGGCCGCCUCGCGCGUGUUGGACACUGCGCGAUAACGCGCGCGUGUUCGACCAGCUGAUGAAGAGGCUCGGUUAUGACGAGUAUAUGGUGCAGUGUGGUGAUUGGGGCCAUUUUGUGGGAAGGGAGCUGGGCGCUAAGUAUACGGAUUCGUGCAAAUUGUUGCAUACUAAUUUCGCACCGAGUCCGUUGCCAGAGGGGGUGGAGUAUACGGAGCGAGAGAGGAAUGUUGCACACAGGGUGAAGAAUUGGUUGGAUUGGCAUAUGGGGUAUGCGGUCGAGAUGCGGACGAGACCCCAUACAAUCGGCAUCGCACUGCACGACAACCCAAUAGGAAUUCUCAUGUGGGCAGGCGAGAAAUACAACGAGGCCGCCGACCCAGAGAAGCAAAAACAUCCAUUUUGGACGAAGGCCAUUCUCACGACCGCAUCGCUGUACUAUUUCACCGGCUGCAUCAUGCCGUCGAUGCUAUGUUAUUACGAGAAUCUGCGGCAUGAGCAUUUCGCUGAGUUUGCUAUUCAGCCGGAGAAUCGCAUUCGGAUUCCGUUCGGGUUUAGUUCGUUCUUUUGGGACACGGAGCCUGCGUCGAAGAGGGCGGUUGAGAGGACGGGCAAUUUGGUGUUUUAUAGAGAGAGAGAUGAUGGUGGUCAUUUUGCGGCGCUAGAGCAUCCAGACGGGUUGACGCAGGAUGUGAGGGAGUUGGCAGUGCAGGAGUGGAAAUAA